AUGCACGGCGGAAGGCUCUUACAGAGCAAACCCUUGCCGAAGACGAAUACCCUAUCUGUUGCCUCUUCGAGCGUGAUGCUGUAUCCCUCACGCCCGAGACUGCCACAUAUACAUCUCCGAAGCCGCAGCUGGGUAGGGGUCUGUUUGCCCGCCAGGAGGUGGGCGCCUCAGUGUCGGUGUCCCCUACGGCCCAUCAGCUCUCGUGGUGUUUCACCAGGUGCACUGUCUGGCGCGGGUCUGCGAUAUGACGAUCCUAUGCGAUGUGAACCUCAUGCUCCAGGCGGUUAUCCUGGUCCUGGGUGUGUGAAGCGGAGAUCGAUCUAUUGUAUCAAUGACUUUGAUCACGAUGCUGUGACUCAAGACAUUUUCAGAUGCUUUAUCAGGUCCCCAUGGGAUGUGCAAUUGAACUCUAUGGCAAUUUAG